UUACAGUCAAAAAAACACUUUGUGUGAUGAAAUUUGAUUAGUUUUAGCAAUAUGAAUCUGUCAUUGUACACAGCUAAAACAGCCUACAGAUUCUUGAGCUCCAAAUCUACAUGUUGGUCUCAAAUUACUACAAAAAGCAAGGUGAAAACUUGUAGGAGUGAACUCACAAGCACUAAAAAGCCUAAAGUAAAGUUAACAGACCAACAAAAUGAAAUCUUGGAAGCCAUUUCAAAUGGGAAUUCUGUUUUCAUUACUGGUUCUGCAGGGACUGGAAAAACCUAUUUACUUCAGCAUAUUAUCACUAAACUUAGGAAGAUUCAUGGAAAAUCUCGGGUUUUCGUAACAGCCUCAACUGGAGUUGCUGGUUGUGCCCUUAAUGGGCAGACUCUUCAUUCUUUUGCUGGAAUUGGUCUUGGUGAUGCUAGUGAUGUGGAUUUGCUAUCUAGGGUAACAUUGGAUAAGGGAGCGUAUCGAAGAUGGAAUAAAAUUAGAGCCUUGGUUAUUGAUGAAAUUAGCAUGAUUAGUGGUGAGGUUUUUGAUAAUCUUGAGUUUAUCGCGAGGAGCAUUAGAAGUGAAGAACUUGGCUGUGAGGAAAAGAUUUGGGGUGGGAUACAAUUAGUUAUUAGUUGAGAUUUCUUUCAGCUUCCACCAGUUAUCAAUAAGAAGGGAACAAAAAAGGAAUUUGCCUUUGAAGCUGAUUGUUGGAAUGCUAGUUUUGACAUGCAAAUUGAACUUAAAAUGAUCUUUAGGCAAUCAGAUGCACAGCUGAUAAAACUGUUGCAAGGAAUUAGGAAAGGGAAGUAUGAUUCUGAGGAUUUGAAGUUAUUGGAUCAAUGCUGCUCAAAGGUGGAGCCAGAUUCUUCAGCUGUUCAGCUUUACCCA